CCAUAUUCAUGUCACAACAUUGAGGGUUAUUAAAGGGGAGUAACCUCGAUUGACUUACGGGCUGCUGAAUACCAGCUGAUCUCGAGCGAUUUAGGUAGGCCUGGUGGGGGCGAGAAUUAUUAGCCCGAUACAAACAGUCGGUACGGAAGUCAUCCCCAUGUCGGAGGCAUGGAGAUCUACAGAGCCGUGUCGGAUUUUGCUUCACCCUCUGUUGAGGGUUCCGAGAAUAUUCUCUCGUUUGACAAAGGGGACAGGUUUGAAAUAUUUGACUGUCACAAGACGGGGACAGAAUGGUGGGGCGCUCGUGCUCUGAGCAGCGAUACUGUUGGAUAUGUACCGUCCAGAUACAUGGAGUAUGAGGAGAGGAAGAUUGGACGAUUAUUACCUGAGAAUUAUGAGAGUCAAAGAGAGGAAUCACUGAGGAAGUUUACCAACAUGCAAAAUGCCGCGAACCACCAGUCACCAGUCACUCCGGAAACACCGGUACCAGACUAUGAAGAGGAGUCACCAUGGAUGCAAAUCAAUGAGAAACAAUUACGUUUCGCCCAGCAGUUUGGAAAUGUAUUGUCCAGUAUUGCAGAUAUAGAUGACCAAAACCUGGAGGUACCAGAGCCAGAACCUGACUAUGAUGAUGAUGUCCUUGACGGCCCAGGCACGAAUCCAGAUUCGUCGUCCGUGUCGGAACUUCAGAACCGCCUGGAGCCGGUGAUAAUGCGUGAACGACCUUCUUCCCUGUCUGACCGCCCACCCUCAGAGGGAGACGAGUCCGCACUCAUACAGCCGAAACGCUUGGUGAACCCCUGCAUUGAGUCGAAACCCAGGAUGAAUCUACACAAGGAGCUUCUUUUGAACUACAAAAUGGGUAAGAAUGUGCUACAGAAGCCAGAACUUAACAAGGUGCUGGAGGAGCGUAAGGAGAGGCAGAAGAAACAGGACUGGGUCCAGCGUGAGUCAACAAAACGCACAAGUCUGGAGCUCAAGCUGGAGAAGCAGGCCAGGAAGGUGUCUGAG